AAAGCUGACAGCUAUUUGGUUAGCUGUUAACUACAUCCGAAUGGAUGCUGAGCCAGUCGUGUAAAAUAGGCCAGUUAUUAGUCGGUAUCGUGUUUUUAACAGUUAAUAUCUAACUGUUUCCUUCUAUUUAGAGAUCGUCUCGCGGAAACAGAUAUUUUUCCGUGCGUUUGUUCAACAAGCUGACGUUAGCUGCCUUCCGUUUUGUCGUUAGGAAAAGGCUAACGUUUGCACAAGGACGUUUGCGUUAACGCUUGCGAAGUUAUCGGCCAAUUGAGUAUUAUUAUCCCCAACUGAACGGAUAGUGAGCAGCAUCAGUGUCCGAUUCUUGUUUUUCUGCUGCAUUUGCUGUCUGGAGGCAGAAAGAGCGAGAGAGCUGGUGCAUUUUAGCAGGACAACAAUGUCUACAUCCAACGCUAAUUUCAAAAACAAGUGUGUGACCCAGGUGAACUGCAUAUUUUGUGACAGUCUGCUCUGCACGAGAGGCAUGAAAGCAGUGCUCCUUGCAGACACCGAGGUUGAGCUUUUUUCGACUGAUAUUCCUCCAAAUAGAACUGUUGACUUUGUGGCCAGCUGCUACUCUACUGAAAGCUGCAAAUGCAAACUGAGAGACAUUGCAUGUCUCAAGUGUGGUAAUGUUGUGGGCUAUCAUGUUGUCGCCCCCUGUAAACCCUGCCUGCUCUCCUGUAACAACGGCCAUUUCUGGAUGUUCAACAGCGAUGCUGUAUCUACUCUUAACAGACUGGAUGCGACAGGUCUGAAUCUGCUCCUGUGGGGAGAUCUUCCCGAGUUGGAUGACAGUGAGAAUGAUGAAUCAGAAAGCCCAUCAGAGGAGGAGUGUAUUAGGUAGAGAGGGAGACGGACAAUGCAACGAGACGUGGAACGCCAACAUUUGAGGUGGAGCUAGAAGAGAUGUACAAACCAUGCUUGAGAUAAGAGAGAAAAGAGACAUUUUAAAGGGUAAUUUAAUAUAAAACCAAAUAGGGCAAAAACAGUGCUGCUGUACUACUGUGCUUGGGUUGAAAACUGAAAUCAUGGUGCCCAACUGGCCACACCCCAAUCAGUGAUGUCACAGCAGGUGUUCUCCAUCAGCUGUCAAAGACAAAACACCUGCUGAGACAUCACUGAAUGGCCAGAAACACAACAUGCAUCACAGUUGAAACCCACAGAGAACAGCGCAGCAAAAGUUUUGGGCUCUACAUCAUUUAGUGUUGAAUUACCCUUUAACCUGUGACCAUGCCUUUCCCCAUCACUUGUCACUGUUAAAAGCACAGACGCACACAAUGUCACACACAUUCUUUACUCUCUUUUUCAUAUAUUUGCAUGGGCUAUUAUAAAAACAUGUGGCCGAAGUAGACUGAAAAUAACAGACAACUAGACUCCUUAAUCUAGUGCAUUCUACUUUUCAUCACAGAGUCUCCACUGAGCUCAUGGUCUUGGAUCGGCCCCAUUAGAGGUGGGGGUGUGGUAUGAUAAGUCGGUGGAACUUAUCAGCGAAUGCCGUGCUUUUUCACGCUGUUCACGUUCAGUCCAGUUUUAUGAUGAGGUGACCACUUGCAGUCGCCUACUUUCAUUUUAAUGGCAGUUAUAAUCUGUACAUUGAAUAUGCUGUAAUAAGCAAAAACUCCCAUAAGAGUUAUGUCUUAAAGGCUUAUAUUCUCUCUGUGUGGCUGGGUGCUGACUGAAAGUUGGAGUGCUUUUUGAAUCCCACAUACUGGAGAAAUAGCACAAUGAUUGAAUGACAUAUAUGAGUUUAUUGCUUUUUAAGGGCGUAUUUGAUUUAGGUUACCUUACGAUCUGACGGUCUAUCAGUGAUACGUUUUGAUAUGCUAACACAGUGUUUGUGACACACUUGACGGCAGCAGUAUAUGCUUAACACCCAGGUGAAUCUGACUGUAGCAGUUUCUGAUACUAACAUACUAACUUAUGCAUAGGGUGUGCUUCCACAAAAGCGUGGAGCAGCCGAGUUUAAAGUUUAGUACUUAGUCAGAGCUUAAAUCAAGUAAUAUGUUCCCAGAUUGAUGUUUUAGGAAAGCUAGAAUGGAAGCUGACAAAGGUGUACUUUUGCAACACUCCAAAACUCAUCAGUGUGGAUCAUUAAGCAAAAUUAUGAAAACGUUAGUUCUAAAUGGGUUGCUGAGUCCAUGCUCUGUUCUUGUUACAUUACUGUUUAGUUGUAUGUAGCAGCACAAUUGUAGCAACUGAAGAGAAGACAACUCCAAAGAAUCAUGGAACAUAUCAAUAUUGAACUUUUGGAGUGGCUACCCCUCUAAAAAAUACAGUUAUGUUAUUUUAGGCCAGCUUAUUGAAAAGCAUUUCAUUUUUAGGUAAUCUGUAGUAAAGUUGAUCUUAAAGGGACAGUUCAU